CUCUCCCCUGCUCUCCCAGCGCCUCAGACUCUGGGGGACUUGCUAGAAACUGCCCCUUCCCUGCGAAUGAGUGGGCCAAGUGUAAAUUAGAAGCCAUUCAGAAACUUGGGUGGGAUCAGAUUCAAAACCCUUUUCUGCUGAGGUUCUUGAGUGCUAAUGCCCUUGGCCAGCUGCUUCUUUGUCCCUGUCUUCGCCUCUUCGUGCUCCUCGACUUGUCCAAGUCCUCUGUCUUCUGACUUUCUCUCUCCACCUCCGCGGCCUAAAUGCCCGGAGCCUGGCGGGGCGGGGCGGGGCGGUGGGCACCGAGGGUGGGGGCCUGAACUGCCCCCGCCUCCAUUCUGCCCCCUGUCGGAGAGUCCCCUGUGCUUCCAGAACCCUGCUGGACAGAUGUAGUUGGGAGCAACUGUAAAGUGCAGCGGGUGAUUCCGUGGCCCCCAGCAGGGAUCCCCGGGCGGUGCACAAGCAGAAACAGCGGCCGAGGGUGGGGUCGGGAGAGUCCCAAGUGUCCGGCUGAGGAUCGUAGUGGGCCCGGUCGAGGUGCCCACCCUGGCCGCCUAGGCAGACACACCUUUAUUCCGCGGCCCCAGUUCACUUUCCCGGCUCUCAGAUCCCUCCCCUGCACCUCCCCGCGCCCUCCUCCUCCCCAGCCUCCUCCCGCGCCCUCCUCCUCCCCUGCCGCCCAGACCGGGGGCCUCCGGUAGGCCGGGCUGCGCCAAUCCGAGGCGCGUCCCGCCCCCUGACGCCGAGCUGGGCCCUGCGAGGCCCCGCCCGCUGACGUCCGGGAUUUGCAUGAGUUCUCGUGCCGCGGCGGCCCGGGCUCAGUUGUCUGAGCGAGAGCGAGCAGAGAGCCGGCGGGUGCAGGCAGCGGCGGCGGCCAGGCUGUUGAGGGGCGAGUGGCGGCGGCGGGGGCCGGGCGCGUGGCGAGGUCCGCGCGCAGGACCGCAUCGGGGCGCCGGCGGGAGCCAGCUGUGUCUGCAGCCGCGCCGGCCGCUUGCGCCCCUGCGCGCUUGGGUUCGGCCAUGGAGCUGCCAGCUGUUGGCGAGCACGUCUUCGCGGUGGAGAGCAUCGAGAAGAAGCGGAUCCGCAAGGGCAGAGUGGAGUAUCUGGUGAAAUGGAGAGGCUGGUCCCCCAAAUAUAACACGUGGGAACCAGAGGAGAACAUCUUGGAUCCCCGUCUGCUGAUCGCCUUCCAGAACAGGGAAAGGCAGGAGCAGCUGAUGGGAUAUCGAAAGAGAGGGCCCAAGCCCAAACCGCUGGUGGUGCAGGUACCCACCUUUGCCCGCCGCUCCAAUGUCCUGACUGGGCUUCAAGACUCCUCCGCUGACAACCGUGCCAAGCUGGAGUUGGGCACGCAGGGCAAGGGCCAGGGGCACCAGUAUGAGCUCAACAGCAAGAAGCACCAUCAGUACCAGCCCCACGGCAAGGAGAGGUCCGGUAAGCCGCCCCCACCAGGGAAGAGCGGCAAGUAUUACUAUCAGCUAAAUAGCAAAAAGCACCACCCCUACCAGCCAGACCCCAAAAUGUACGACCUGCAGUACCAGGGCGGCCACAAGGAGGCACCCAGCCCCACCUGCCCAGACCUGGGCGCCAAGAGCCACCCUCCUGACAAGUGGGCCCACGGAGCUGCAGCCAAAGGCUACCUCGGGGCAGUGAAGCCCUUGGGGGGAGGGGCAGGAGCUCCAGGCAAGGGCUCGGAAAAGGGCCCCCCGAAUGGCUUGACACCAGCCCCUAAGGAGGCGGUGGCCGGUAAUGGCAUUGGGGGCAAGAUGAAAAUCGUCAAGAACAAGAACAAGAAUGGGCGCAUCGUGAUCGUGAUGAGCAAGUACAUGGAGAACGGCAUGCAGGCCGUGAAGAUCAAGUCGGGCGAGGCAGCCGAGAGCGAGGCGCGCUCCCCCAGCCACAAGAAACGUGCUGCGGAGGAGCGCCAUCCCCAGGCCGACAGGACUUUUAAAAAGGCAGCCGGUGCUUCUGAGGAGAAGAAAGCCGAAGUGCCCUGCAAACGCAGGGAGGAGGAGGCUCUGGUGUCGGGGGACCCCCAGCCCCAGGACCUAGGGUCUCGAAAGCUCUCCCCGACCAAGGAGGCCUUUGGUGAGCAGCCGCUGCAGCUCACCACCAAGCCAGACCUGCUGGCCUGGGACCCAGCCAGGAGCUCACACCCGCCCGCCCACCACCACCAUCACCACCACCAUCACCACCACCACCAUACGGUGGGCCUGAACCUCUCCCAUGCGCGCAAGCGCUGCCUCUCCGAGACCCAUGGCGAGCGUGAGCCCUGCAAGAAGCGGCUGACCGCCCGUAGCAUCAGCACGCCGACCUGCCUGGGGGGCAGCCCGGUCUCUGAGCACCCUGCCAACGUAUCCCCCACCGCAGCCUCUCUUCCGCAGCCCGAGGUCAUCCUUUUGGACUCAGACCUGGAUGAGCCCAUAGACUUGCGCUGUGUCAAGAUGCGCAGCGAUGCCGGGGAACCGCCCAGCACCCUCCAGGUGAAGCCGGAGGCUCCGGCAGUGGCGGCAGUGGUGGCGCCGGCCACUGCAGCGGAGAAGCCUCCCGCUGAGGCCCAGGAGGAGCCAGCGGAGUCCCUGAGUGAAUUUAAGCCCUUCUUUGGGAAUAUAAUUAUCACUGACGUCACGGCGAACUGCCUCACCGUCACUUUCAAGGAAUACGUGACGGUGUAGUGGGAAGGAGUCGCGCCCUCUGGGACUCCCGCACCUGCAAUCUCGCAGAGGUUCCCAAGGAGAGGACUCCCCAGUCGCGGUGGCCAGGCCCCUGCUCACUCCCUGGGAUCCCGACUGAGCUGUCCAUCUCUCACUCUCCUUCCACGUGGUGCCUGCGGUCUCGCCGCCACCUCCCCCUUCCCUAUAGGAGACCCGAGCCCUCCCUGUGGACCACCAGAACUGACCCCGCAGCCCCGAGGCGGUCUCAGCUAUAGUAUUAUAUUUUAACCGUGCUAACUGUCAAGUGCUGACUCUACUCCGGUUUGUACGUGGUGUUAUUCUUGAAAUGUAUUGUUUGAGCUCAGAAGGCCCGACUACCCCCCUCGGGCUGAUAUAUAUAUAUAUUUAUUUGUAGGUAUUUAUAUAUUGAAAUAUAAAAACCUAGAUUUAUGGAGUUUCCUCUAGAUCAUGUUAUAUUCUAUAUCAGACAGACUAUUUUCAGUUGGCCUUUUCCUUUUCCCUUCAUUCAGUAUUUUGAUUUUUAUUUCCUCUUCUCCAGGAACUGCGACACCAGUAACCUUGGUAUAUAUUUUUUGAUACUGUACACAUGGGUGUGUUGUUUCUAUGUGCAAAAAAAAAAAAGUUUGUUAAAAGGCUAAAGAGCUCUCUAGAACCUGCUGCUAUAGAAAUGUCUGAACUAUAAGCUUCCAAUUAUUACCUGCUUGAAUGUAAAUAUUAAAUGGAGAUGUUGAAGGUGCAA